AUGUCUUUUCGUUUCUUACUGGCGCCACUGCUCUUUUUGCUGGCCUCAGCGGCACCAAAAAGCUACACCUUGAACCUCGUAGAUGCCAACGUUAUACCCGAUGGUUUCACCCGGCAGGCUGUCACUGUGGACGGAAGUUUCGCACCAUUGCUGACGGCACAGAAGGACGACAUCUUCCAGAUUACCGUCAACAACCACUUAACUAACUCUACAAUGCUCAAGUCUACGUCUAUUCAUUGGCACGGGCUUUUCCAGCAUAGGACAGCUGCUAUGGAUGGGGUCGCCUUUGUUACCCAAUGCCCAAUAACUCCAAACACUUCUUUCGUUUACCAAUUCGCCACUGCUGGGCAGACUGGCACAUAUUGGUACCACUCUCAUUACUCCCUCCAGUAUUGCGACGGAUUGCGCGGUCCUAUUGUGGUCUAUGAUCCGAAUGAUCCUCAGAACGGUCUGUACGACGUGGAUGAUGCCAGCACAGUGAUCACAAUUGCGGACUGGUACCAUAUCCCAGCUCAGCUGAAUUUCAACCCCAAGACGGGUUUCCCACCAACUCCGUCGUCUCAUUUGAUCAAUGGAAGGGGGCGUGGUGAUUCUACCUCUACCGCGCCGCUUUCCGUGAUAACUGUCCAAUCAGGGAAAAGAUAUCGGCUUCGGUUCGUCAGCAUGUCCUGCGAUCCCAACUAUAUUGUAACCGUCGAAGGACACAAUCUGACGAUGAUCGAGGCAGAUGGAGUUGCCCACCAUCCUGUGACCAUUAACUCGUUCCAAAUUUUUGCUGGACAACGAUACUCGGCCAUCAUUACCGCCGACCAACCUGUGGGUAAUUAUUGGAUCCGCACUCUGCCCUCCAGUGGCCCCACCAGUUUCCUGAAUGGAAUGAAUUCUGCUAUUCUCCGCUACCAGGGCGCGCCAGUCAACGAGCCGUCAUCAACGACCCAAAAUAUCGGAAGCACUCUGAGCGAGUCCGAUCUACAUCCUCUCGUAAACCCCGGUGCCCCUGGAGGAAGUGCCUCUCCAGAUGUUGCCUUCAAUCUGGCCAUCGCUUUCCAGAACGCAAGAUUCUUCAUCAACGGAGCUACUUUCGUUCCGCCUACUGUGCCGGUGUUGCUUCAGAUCCUGAGUGGCGCUAGUACAGCAUCACAGUUAUUGCCAUCUGGGUCUGUAUUCGUGCUUCCGCCUAAUAAGACCAUCGAAAUUUCGAUCCCCGGAGGAACCAUCGGCAGUCCACAUGCGUUCCACCUCCACGGGCAUAAUUUCGAUGUAAUCCGAUCCGCUGGCCAAACUGGGUAUAAUUAUGUUGAUCCACCUCGCCGCGACGUGGUCUCCACGGGACCAUCCACUAGCGACAAUGUUACGAUCAGGUUCCACACCGACAACCCCGGCCCUUGGUUCCUCCAUUGCCACGUUGAAUGGCAUCUCCAAACUGGACUUGCCAUUGUCUUUGCGGAGGAUCCCACUAGUCAACAGAGCGGCCCAGACUCCGAAAUACACAAUGCCGCGUGGGAUAACCUUUGCAAUGCUUGGAACAACCAACCUCCUGGUGACCAGUAGUGGGGCGGACGUCAAACACACUCAGCAGUUACAUGGAACAAGAGACGAAGUCUCUGGAUCAAUUCUUGCCUGGAACUUUUGUACGUCGUAGAUCCUGAUCCACCGAAAAGGGAUCAGCUUGGUGCUCGGUUUUUAUUUAUUGCCACCCAUUCACGUAUAUAUUGUCGAACCAAACCACUGAGUGUAAUCUGGAGGAUAAGUAAUGUAGU